GCAUCGCGGGACUAGCGGAGGGCUGGUUCAUUUUUGCAAGAGCUGGGCUCCCUGUGCUCGUCUGAAAACCACACGUUUGCUUUUUUUGCUGCUUACCUUGUGUUUGGACCCUGUUUAUGGCUUAUUUUUCAGUCUCGUGCUCUGUUCCUAUUUUAAAGUGUAAUUAUGAGCCCCUGUUGAAAAAAAUUUGAAAAUACCGUCUUGAUGACGUGGGGUUUUUUCUUUUUUUUUAAACUAAUAAAAGUCUUUUCUCUGUUCAAGAUAUGAAAUAUAACUGGAGAGAGAGACAAGAAAAACUUUUUUAACUCAGUGACAAUGUUUAUUAAUACGUAUCUUAUGAUCCCAUGCAGGUGCUUAGAAAAAGCCUUCAAAGGGGGUUAGUGCUCUCAACAGGGUCCUUUUUGGUUUACGAAGCUCACAAGCUGAUUUCUGGCUUUGCUGAGGUUCAUGCAAGCUUCAAAGUGGAAGACGUUGUAGAGCAAGCAGACUACCUGUAUGGGAGUGGAGAAACUGAAAAGCUGUAUCGGUUGCUGGUUCAGCAUAAAAAUAGUGAUGACGCAGAGUUGUUAUGGCGGCUGGCGCGGGCAUCACGAGAUCUGGCUCAGCUUAGUAGCACUUCUGCAGAGGAGAAAAGACAACUGACAUAUGAAUCCCUUGAGUAUGCAAAAAAGGCACUUGAAAAAAAUGAAACAAAUUUUGCAGCACAUAAGUGGUAUGGAAUUUGCCUCAGUGAUGUGGGAGAUUUUGAAGGAAUCAAGACUAAAAUUGGAAAUGCCUUUGUGAUCAAAGAGCACUUCCAGAGAGCCAUUGAACUGAAUCCAAAAGAUGCUACAACAAUUCAUCUUAUAGGCAUUUGGUGCUACUCCUUUGCUGAAAUGCCAUGGUACCAAAGAAAAAUAGCUGCAGCGCUAUUUGCCACACCACCAACCUCCACCUUUCAAGAGGCUCUUCGUUACUUCCACAUGGCAGAGGAAGAAGCUAUUUGGAUCAGAGUGCCCAUCUAACUGGCAGUAAAACUGUCCACCUGUAAGAGAAAAUGCAGACCUAUUAUUUCUCAAAGAGUGAAGCCAUAAGCAGAACUGACUAGCCGAAAGAUAAAGGAAGACAAGGGAAGAUGGUGUUCUAUGAAAGAUUUAUAUUAACCGUUCUAUGAGUGAAGUUUAAAGGAAAAGCUCAUUGUGUAUCUUCCCCUGGAUGUCAAGUAAUACAGCUGUGAAUUGGAAUGGUGGACCAGAUCUCAAAAUUUGCCUCCAAAACACCUCCAUAUGUUUUGCAUCCUAACCUUGGGUCCAGCAGCAGAGGAAAGCUUGUGCUAUAAAUAUGAACAGUAGGCGAGGCUAGUCUUAAUAAUGACUUAUGGGCAAAGCAUUCUUUAUAAAAGCAAUGUCUUAAUCCUCUCCUUACAAAAAGUUAAGCGUGGGUAAAACAGUUUCAAGUUUUCCUCCCGUGUAGCAAAAGCUAAGCUAACACCUGUAUGUGAAUGGUCUGAAGCUAGGAAAUGUGCCCUUUAUUUCCUUGCCUAUACUUGAUGGUUGCACCGCCUGUUGCACCUACCAGGUCCAGAAGAGCAGAGAAUCUGCAAAGCAAAGCUGUUGCGCAUUAAGCUCACUGCUUUGCUCUUUGUGAGGAAUCUAGUUUCAUUUAGUAUAUUAACUAACAAGCUGCUAGCUAAUGUAACCGUAUGCGAGACCAAAAGCUAGCAAGUAAAAGCUUUACGUUGGCUUCCUUCUGGCCCAAAGCCAAAAUACUGUUCAUUUUAUCAGAAAUAAAUAUUGAAAGGAGCGACACUGUAUCAUGGCUUUGAUAUUAUUCUGCUCAUUCUCAUGUAAACCUUUUCUCCUGUCUCUAUACAGCUGACCCAAAUUUCUACAGCAAAAAUUUGCUCUUUUUGGGGAAGACAUACUUGAAGUUAAACAAUAAAAAGAUGGCUCUUCUGUGGUUAAG